AUGGCUGCAUUAAAAUGGCUUCACGAGAACACAACUCAUCCGUUUGAGCGCUUGGAUAUAGAACGAGCAAUUGGCAACGGUUGUCAUUCAAUCGUUGAAUAUCUCAAUGAAGUUGGAGCACCAUUCCCACAAUACCCAAUCGAUAUUGCACUUCACAUGAUCUUCAGAUGCUCACUUAUCUCCAUCGAAAUAGAACUGAACCUUGCACCAUACAAGCAAUGGAUAAUGCAAUCAAUCGAGGUGACAUAG